GGAAGCCGUUGCUUUCUUGAGUGUAUUUUGAGCACAAUUUUCAAGAAACCCAAAAAUCUGGGAGCUCAAGGAACUGGAUUUACUGGAUUUUACCCAGUCUUGAGCACUAACUGUGAGUCCGACAUCUGGCUUUCUAGCUAUAUUGGCAUAUAUAUGUCUGCAACUGGCUAGCCAAGAAGAACAGCAAUGGACACACAACACCUUCCCUAUCGGUCUGAAGUGGGCAGCUGGACUCCAGAUGAUUUGGCAGACUAUUUCAGGAGGUUAAACUACAAAGACUGUGAGAAAGUUGUGAGGAAACAUAGCAUCACUGGGCAAAGAUUUCUGAACAUGUCUGAAAAUGAUAUUCAGAAGUUUCCAAAGCUAAGAAUGCCAAUUCUAAGUAGACUAAGUAUGGAUAUAAACCGAAAUGAAGAACGAAGAAGUAUUUUUCAAAAACGUACAUACACACAGAAGGUUCCUCAAAAUACAGGGCUUGGACAAGAAGAAGGUGAUAGUUGGUCUUCUUUUGAAAGUGAUGACUAUGAAUGCCCAGAUGACCAGGAGGCUGGAGUAGACUAUGAAACCCCAAAUGAUGACGAUGGUGUAGAAGAUGAAAAUGAUGGAGAUUAUGAACCUCCUCCUUCAAAUGAUGACGAGACACACCGUAAUGCUAUAUUUCCUUCGAAAUCAAUUCCAACACCCUCUGAAUACAUAGAUAGAGCUGCUCCAGUUAAAACAUCUCUUCAGCCUCCUGUUCCUCCUCAGAGGUCUAUUCCCUCUCCAACACCAGUAGCUCACAGAGGCAGAGGUGCUGCGUCACUGUUUGCUUCACCUUCAAGCAAUGAGAGUAACAAAGAAAAAAAUAUUAAAAUGUUUAAACCUCCUAUUGAUCGAACCAAAAAGCCCCCACUGAAUCAAUCUGGGCCACCGUUUGACAGAGAAUUACUAGGAGGAGUCCAAAGGGGAAUGCGUUCUGAAAUGACUUUGACACCACAGCUUAGAUUUCUAGGAGAGGAGCUGGCAAAGAUACAAAAGCCUCCUGUACCAUCAAAUGAAAAGCAUGAAAAACAUAAUCCUGCCUCUAGAAGGAUGCCACCACCCAUACAGAACAGCCAGACUUCUGAAAGAAAGGAAGUGGAAGAUGUCAAUAUUUUCCAAAGACCUGUUCCUCAGCCUCCUUUGCAAUUCUUUAACACUUUCCCUUCUAGAAGCACUAAACCAGUAUCUAAACAGAGUCCCUUGCCACCCAUGAAUAUAGUUGAUGCACAUGCAGAAAGCACUGUUUCGUCAAGUGGAUCACUACCACCACGCCUUCAGCCAAGCAACAUCUGCAGAACCUUUUCCAAAGGCCAAGCAGACAGCAGACCCCCACUGCCAGUCCUGAACAGACAAAGUACACGAACACCUAACACUGAAUAUGAAAAAGAGCAAGAAUUCUCCAAGGCCUCUCUAAAUUAUGAAUGGUAUGCUGCUGAUAUCACCCGUGUAGAGGCAGAAGGUGCCCUUAGAACCAUAAACCAGGAUGGCACUUUCUUAGUAAGAAAUAGCUCAAGAAAAACGGUUGAACAACCGUAUGUCUUGAUGGUGCUGUUCAAUGACAAAGUAUACAAUCUUCAGAUACGAUAUCACUUGGAAGAUCAGACAUACUUCUUAGGAACUGGACUGAGAGGAAAUGAGGAUUUUACUUCAGUGGGUGAUAUAAUUGAUUACUUCACAAAAGCACCGCUUCGACUAAUAGAUGGAAAGGACCGAGGUUCAAGACAGCAGUGUACAUUAACAUAUGCCGCUGGAGCUCUUUAGAAGAAAUUUUUUAUGGAGGACCAGUUCAGAAUCCACCUUUCUUGUCUCACAAAGAAGUUAGCAAUGUGAUUGAUUUAUAUUACAAGAACUUAAAUAAAAAUUAAUUAUCUCUAAUUUUUAUGUAAUAGAAUCAAUUACCUCAGUUGACUUUUCUUAUUAUCAGAUAUUAUUUUUCAUAUACCAUACACAUUUUGGAACGGUUCCUGAGUAUAAUGUCCACUGUCUUAAAUCCAUAUUAAGUAUUUUUAGGUCUGUGAACUUCAUAUUGCUUUCUUCAAGUGUGAGAAAAUAGGACUGUAAAAUUGUCUAAUUCAUGUUUAUAGCAAUUAAUACAUUCAGCAGACUAUGGGUCAAUGUUUCAAACUUUAGACGUCAAAGUACACACGCUAAUGUUUAAUCUUUGUGAAAACAUCUGCUUUCAGGUAUGAUGCUAAGUGUCAUUAGCAGAUCUUGUAUUUAGCAAAUGCAACAAGAAACAAUAAAGGCUCCUGUUUUAUGGCCCUUUUUCGAUGCCGGCCUUUUUCACAA